AUGUCUGAAAGAUCCAAUACCCUCUUCCGAGGUGUGGCUUUGGUAACCGGCGUCGCAUCAGGGUGUCGGAGGCUCACCUUGUUCGACAAAGACAGCACAGGUCUGAACGCUACCAAGGCCGCUAUCAAAACUGUAAGCAGAGAUGCAGAUCCAGGUGUGCUCAUCAGACACAUUGAUAACAUUGACACAUGUGAAGUUGGUGGGAACAUGGAGCUUUCUAUCAAGCAUUUUGACGCAUUAACUAUGCCGUCAACUGUGCUGGCAGCUAUCGUCAGUUUGACGAGAGGCAAUGCUAUCAACUAUACAAAAGAUCAGAUUCGUGUUAACUGCGGCUGCCCUGGAGUUAUUGAAACUCCUAUGAUGGCUAGUGUUCCGGAAGAUGACCCGGCCGUACAGGCUGCCGUCAAGAAAAGAAAAGGAACCCCGCAGGAAGCAGCAAAUGCUGUUAUGCCCCUAUCAAGUCCCAAGGCUUCCUUCAUUCAAGGUGCUGCAUUGUCAAUUGAUGGGGGCUAUACUAUUAGUUAA